UAAACCGACGCGAGCUAAUUAAUAACAAACAAAGUCGUCUCUACGCCUCCCCUGUCCGCGCCGCCCACCUGUAACACUGGGUACAACCUCAGCGCCUCACGCAGCAAGCAGCAAGAUCACAUAAAAGCGGCCGCGAGCUCGCGCGCGCCGCACUGUCUAAGCGCCGCUAAACCGACGCGAGCUAAUUAAAGUUAACGAGACUUCAAGACGCAACGCAGCCAUGCGCGUCCUCCUGUCAGCCAUCUUGCUGCUGUGCGCCAUCUUGUCGUGCGUGACGCAGGCGCAGUACCCGCGCCCGCGUCGCCCCGAGCGCUUCGACACCGCCGAACAGAUCUCCAACUACUUGAAGGAACUACAGGAAUACUACUCUGUACAUGGUAGAGGACGGUACGGGAAAAGGCAAAUGCACAUAGCCGAUUCGUCGAUAGUAUUUAGGGAGAUGCCAUUUUUCGACGAAAUGCAUAACGAAGACGCCAUGUUUAAGAACCUUGGAUAUAAGUAAAAUGGAAUCGAAAAAACUGUCGCAAAUGAAAAAAAAAAAACACAAAAAAAUGUCCCAGUAUUAUUUAUUUCAGAUUGAUAAACAUUAUAAAAAAUGUAAAUAAUUGUUUUAGUGAAUUUUAAUAUGCCAAAUACUACGCUUAAGUAAUUAUUGUCAAUUAGGUACCUAUGUAUAGUUUUAUUAACUAUUAUAAUUUAUUUAACUAUCAAUUUCAAUACCAAAAUGUGCUACUCUUAACUAGUCAAUUGAGUAUUAAUUUAUUGUCAAUUAACGUACUUUAAAAAUAAAUCCUCAAAAUAAAUUUUCAGGCUGGGUGAAAAUUAUUUUUGGGAUUUUUGGCCGCUAUCACUGUUAAAUUAAUUUAAAACUUAUUAAAUGUUAAAAUUAUAGUUCUAGGGGUCUAGUGUAGAGUUUUAAUAAAUAGUACCUACCUACUUAUUUCAGAAA